ACUAUCUUAUACUACAACAGCAGUUGGAAUAGUGUGCACAUAUUGCACAUAUUGCUGCUGAAAGUACGAUGGGUCUCACGUCUGAAGACAAGAGCGCAGUGUUGGAGUCCUGGGCCAAGAUGUCUGGUCCCACGUUCCAAGACGCCGGGGAAAAAGUUUUCUUACUCCUCUUGAAGACCGACUCCACUAAAGCCAUGUUCCCGAAGUUCCGUGAUAUUCCGUACGACAAGUUGGCCGGGCAUCCCGAUGUGCGUGAACACGGCGGGAAGGUGAUGCAGGUUCUGGAUGACUUUAUCAAAGGGCUGGACAGUGCCGGGGACGCCGCCGUGGAGAAGGUGGGACUCCUACACAAGGGCGUGGGCGUGACUCAUGAGAACAUCGACCUGAUGAAGCCUGCCCUGAUAGCCUUCCUCGGAGAGAUGGGGUGCAGCAGUGCGGCAGGAGCCUGGGAGAACCUGUGGGCUCGCUUCAUGGAGGUGCACCGCACCUGCCCGGUGACUGCUGGGCUCAUAGCAACGACAUUACGUGUAAACAAGAAGGACGUAAGUAAAGUAGUAGUCACGGGUGCAGGGUGCGAAGGUCACUUCGAGAGCAGUACUAGCUCCCCGAUUGUUGUGAAGUACGACACGAAAGAUGACCCAUAUAUCUCAGCGACGGCAUCCUUCCUAAAAACACUCUACGACAAACGCUACUCAUACAUCCAGCCAUUGCCAUGGAAACCGGGACUUCGCUUCGGACUUGCUGAUGGGUACAUCAACCUGCGAAUGCAGAGAGAAAGCGACAGGGGGAGCUUCAUCACGCCGGCAGAAGUUGUUACACCAAGUGAACUAGAGAACAUGAGGCGGCGGCUGUCGCGGGUACGCCGGGAGAGUGUCGGGCUGGUCAGGCGGGUGGACGCCUUCCCCAAGCUUCCUGACGACUGCAGAGAAAAGAGUACUACAGGAGCCACCGUAUCUCUUCUGUGUUUUGCCGCCAUCGCUAUUCUUGUGACGUCAGAGGUACAGCGCUAUGGGAGAAGCGAAAUUCGCUAUCAGUAUGAAGUGGACAAGGAAGUAUCGGAGAAGCUGAACAUGAGUGUGGACAUUACUGUGGCAAUGCCGUGCGAAUACGUGGGUGCUGACGUCACCAAUUCCCUCGGCCACUAUUGGUCCUUACGGGAUCAGAUGACGUACUUUGAGUUAACAGAAAAACAGAAAAGGGAACAAAGAAAAUUACAAUCUCUUCGAAGAGCCAUCAACGCAAAGAGGUCGCUGAGAGAUGUCAUCCUCCAAUCAGGACUUGACACGUCACGGACGGUCAUCAGGCACGACCACACAACUUUGUACAAGAAACAAGUGGACGCGUGUCGCUUUCAUGGGCAACUGGAAAUUGAUAAGGUUUCUGGAACACUUCAUAUCAUGGCUGGAAGGUCUGUCCAGCACGGUUCAGGACAUAACCACUACCUGGCACCGGACUUGCUACAGAGUGACGAGCCUGUUACGUACAACUUCUCCCAUCGUAUUGACCGGCUGUCUUUCGGUGCCCUGACACCCGGCAUUCUCAACCCUCUGGAUGGCGAAGAGAAGAACACAGACACUGGGAACAUGCUGUACCAGUAUGUAGUGCAGGUUGUCCCCACCACCGUGCGCACCAGGCGGAUAUCUGCACAAACGCACCAGUUCGCCGUGACAGAAAGGGAGAAAGCUGUAGAAGCUGCUUAUGGGAGAGUGAGAUCAGGAGCAGCAGGUAUUUACAUAGCAUUUGAGCUGUCCAGUAUCCGGGUACACAUCAGUGAGGAGGAGAAGUCCCUGGGCCAUCUUGCCGUGCGCUUGUGUGGAAUCAUAGGAGGAGUCUAUACAACCUCAGGAGUUCUGUACUCUUUAAUGGCCACAUUGACAGCUCAGAUAUUUAAGAAGGAUGCAGCUGUUCAAGAACUACAGGAGACCGUCACCACAGAUGGUUCAGUACAGGAACAGGAGGAGACUCUGACAGUAGAACUGCACUGAUGCAGCAUGGUUAAAGUUAUAAUGGUACAAAAUGCAAGUAAGCUGGUAGUGUAGUUGCAGUAAACAUUAGACUUUGACAGGCAGAACAUUAUUG